AUGGCCGGCCAGGCCGCGUCGCACGAUUCGUUCCCUGGAGCAGAGCAAUCAGAUGUGAUCUCGGGCUCACCCUCUCGCGCCGAGAUCACUGCACGAUUAGCUGCCACGCCUGUCGUUGGUUCGCCUUCCAUUCGCUCCAGUUCAAGAUCUGGAGGUCCGUCUCGUGGAGAAAUCGAUUCCAAUGAGCCGCUGGCAGGUGCUUCUGGAACCUCAGUCCCAGGCCCAGGUGCAUCCUCGUUGUCGCAGGCCCUGCGAGGACAUCAGAGCUCCUCUCCGUCCCGCUUUGAUGCGCAUCGCGAUUCACAGCCCAGCUCCGUGCGCUCUCCCAUUCCCGAUCAAGCCCUCUUGAGUCGAAGCCCCACUACGAAGGAAGACAUUGAGGUGCUGAAGAGACACUUGGUCGCACCCAACACAGCCUCGCCGCCAGGCUCAUAUCAGAGGUCAAGCUUACUUGCUGCGAAUCUCAACCGGAGCGAGUCACCUGCACCAGAGGAGGCGGAAUUUUCGAGUCUACAACUCCAGGGCGGAGAUACAACACGACACAUCUACCGUUAUGCAGAGCGGGUAGAGCGUGAGCAAGAAGAUCGGGACGUCCGAGGAAACCUGAAGCGGAGUCAGAGCGUGAGCUUGCCGAAUCGGCUGGAAGAAGAAGAAGAUGCUGCGUCGGUUAUUCAAGUACCGGGCGGCUUUCGGCGUGAUCACAUCAGACGUGCCGCAGCCUCGCCAGCACCUUCGGCACAGAACACACGGCGACCCAAUUAUGGCGCGGUAUCGCGAGCGUUCACAGAGCCCACGCGACCACAAUUUGCUACAGCAAAUUUCAUCGAGUUUCUCACACUCUACGGCCAUUUCGCUGGUGAGGAAUUAGAAGAAGAUGAUGAGAUCUUGGGAGUCGACGAAUACUUCUCCUCGGAUGCACACGACGAUGGUACCACUGAAGGCGACGAUCGUUCCGACGACGGUUGGGGCGAAUCCUCUGCCCUCCUGACCCCAGGCAAGCGCCGACGCAAGCGAAAGACCCGUCCUACAGGCAAAGGCACUCCCACCGGCGCUGCCAUGCUCCUGCUGAAGUCUUUUGUGGGCACUGGUGUGCUUUUCCUGCCACGUGCCUACCUGAACGGAGGUAUGACUUUCUCCAAUGCCGUGCUACUCAUCAUUGCUGCACUGUCCUAUUACUGCUUCAUCUUGUUGGUGAAUGUGCGACUCAAGGUCCAUGCGUCGUUUGGUGACAUGGGCGGUAAGAUCUUCGGGCCAUACUUCCGCAACAUGAUCAAUUUCUCCCUUGUGCUGAGCCAGGUUGGCUUCAGUUCAGCCUACAUCGUCUUCGUCGCGGAGAAUCUGCGCUCGUUCAUCCUGGCCGUCUCUCGCUGCAAGACGGACAUCGAUAUUGGCUGGGUGAUCCUCAUGCAAAUGAUUAUCUUCCUCCCGCUCAGCUUGUAUCGCAACAUCAAUCACAUCCAGAAGAUGGCUCUGGUUGCCGAUCUCUUCAUUCUCCUUGGCCUGGUCUACGUAUACUUCACCGAUGUCAAGGUCAUCGUCGAGAACCACGGCGUGGCAGACAUCCAUCAUUUCAACCCAACCUCUUGGCCGCUGCUUAUUGGUACGGCGAUCUUCACCUUCGAGGGUGUCGGACUGAUCAUUCCGAUUCAAUCUGGCAUGGCCGAUCCGAGCAAGUUCCCACGCGUUCUGGCUACCGUCAUGGCCAUCGUCACCGUCGUGUUCGUGUCCGCAGGUGCACUGUCGUAUGCUGCUUACGGUAGCGCCACCAAGACGGUCAUCCUUUCAAACAUGCCGCAGGAGGACAAGCUAGUCAACGCGGUGCAAUUCAUUUAUUCCCUCGCCAUCCUUCUCUCCACUCCAUUGCAGAUUUAUCCUGCCAUCGAGAUCACCAGUCAGCAGCUCUUCAGUCGCACGGGCAAGUACAACCCAUGGAUCAAGUGGAAGAAGAACAUCUUCCGCUUCUUCAUGGUCGCGCUGUGUGCGCUGAUCGCAUGGGCUGGUGCCAACGACUUGGACAAAUUCGUCAGUCUCGUGGGCAGUUUCGCGUGCAUUCCAUUGGUGAAUAUUUAUCCGCCUUUGAUGCACUAUCGCGUUGUUGCCACCCGGACUUGGCAAAAGGUCGUCGACGUUCUCCUCGUUGUUUUCGGCAUCUGCAUGAUGACCUAUACGACGGCGCUGACAGUGUCUGCGUGGGCCAAUGGUGAAUCCGACACCACGCCCGGAUACUGCGACAGUUGA